GUGAAUUUCGCGGUGGGGGGAGCUACGGCGCUGCCGGAUCCGUUUUUUGCCAGGAAAUUGGGUCCAAAUUCCAAUGGCAAAUGUAUCUCUAUUGAAUCAGUUCAAUUUGUUUAAUGAGAUGUUCUUGCCCACACUUUGCCACAAAUUACCUGCAGAUUGCGAAAAAUAUCUCGAGAGCUCCCUUGUCCUAGUGGGAGAGAUAGGAGGAAACGACUAUAACGACGCGUUUCUCCAAGGAAAAAGCGUCGAUGACGUCCGAUUAUUCGCUCUCCGAGUUGUCGAAGAAAUAAUUUUUACGAUUAAUGAAUUGAUAAAACUCGGAGCAGUGACCCUGAUGGUAGCAGGGAAUUUCCCGAUCGGAUGUUCAGCAGCUUAUCUUACAUAUUUCAAAAGUUCCAACGAAAAAGAUUACGACCCGGAAACUGGUUGUCUUAAUUGGCUAAAUAAUUUUUCUCAGUACCAUAAUAAACUGCUUCAAUCGGAACUCGACCUCAUCCGAAACCAGAAUCCAAAAGUUAAUUUAAUCUACGCCGAUUAUUACAAUGCUGCAAUGCCCAUUUAUCGUUCCCCUGAAAAUUACGGUUUUACGGAAGGAGCACUUAGAGCUUGUUGCGGAGCGGGAGGGCCGUACAACGUAGAUUUGAAGGUACAAUGUGGGGGUGGAGGGUCGCACACGUGCAAAGACCCUUCUUCGCACGUGAGUUGGGACGGCGUGCAUUUGACGGAGGCAGCUUAUAGAUCCAUAGCCACCAGUUUACUACGAGGAUCUUUUACUGUUCCUCAACUUCAAUCUGUCUGCAAUUCGUUGUCUUCUAUACAUACCGGUCCUAAUGCUAUUUCUGACAAUUAGUACGGCUCCUUCGACCCUACACACGGUGAUAAACACCGGGUGGGUCUUCUGCUGCCACGUGUACUUUUUUGUAUAUAUAAUAAAUAAUUAAAUAUUACACGCGGCAGGACAAUUACAAACUUUGUGCUAGGUUUGAAAUAUGUAUUUUCCAUUUUUUUUACAAAUGAAUUUGAUUUCCACAA